AUGAGCUUAGGGUUUAGGGGCAUUCAGGUGAAUGGGCUGAGAGAUGCAAAAACAAAAACAUACAACAGUGAGGAUUCGCUGGUGGUCACCCACCCAACUACUAACUCACCGGCGUGUGGCUUGAGUACGGCUGAGCGGACGGGAAGCCCUAUUUUCCACACCCUAUGGUCGUAUGUAUCGGUUUAUGUUCAGAAGAGAAUUGCUGCAAUCUCAAUUUACACCCGCCUCCUGGAUUUCCUUCAUCAUCUCCUUCUUUGCUUUCGGACCAUUUUCAUAGUCUUCUGGGUGCGAGCGAGCCUAUGUUCAUAG